GUCAACCAUCGGAUAUCGAAAGAGAGAGAGAGGGGAGGAUAAGCAGUGCUCGAAGUAAUGGAGGUGAUGGCGAGGAGGACGAGGUCGGGGCUGAACCCGGACGCGGCCCCGUACGUGCCGGCGGCGCAGCGCGCGGUGGAGGACUUCUCGUCGGAGUGGUGGGAUCUGGUGCAUUCGUCCCCCUGGUUCGCCGACUACUGGCUGCGGGAGUGCUUCCACGAGUCCGUGCUCGACUUCUUCGAGGACGACGACCCCGAGCUGCCCGACGACAUCAACGACGCCCUCUUCUCCUUGUCCGCUCCUCACCAAAAGGAAGCCGAGGAGGAGGAGGGCGGAGGAAGGAACAGAGAGUUGAUCACAUGGGGAGCGGAGAAGUGGAAGGCGUCGAGGGGUUGGGCGGCGGAGGGAGCCAAGUACGCGGAGAAGGCGGCCAAGGUGGUGAGCGUGAAGCUGAGCCCGAGGACGAUACAGCAGCCUAGGUAAACGGAGGAGGAGUGAAGUCGAGUGCAAGAAGAAGAAGAAGAUGAAGAGAAGUGAGACUGUGAGAAGAGUCGCUUUAGAUUUCCGCUUGUGCCUUCUGUACAUAUUCUGACGUGCAAAUAAAUUGUGCAUUUCAUUCUCCGAAAAAGGGAAAAAAAAACAUGCCAUAUUUGUU